UUUUAAUAUUUGUAAGAAAUGGCUGAAGAUUGUAUUAAAGCAAAAGUAUAUACAAUAAUAUCUCCUCCCCUUCCUCUCUCUCCUCAUCAUAGAGUGAAUAUGAAAGGAAGUCCAUGUUCACCCUUAAGUGCUAAAAACAAGGAAAUUGAGCAUGAGGAAGAUAUUACAAAAGUGACUCGAGUUAAUGAUAAAGAAAUCCAAAUACAAUAUUCAAACGAUCUCACUAAGAUAUAUGAAUUUGAUAAAAUCUUUACUCCUGCUCCGGACCAGAGCACUGUAUAUAAAGAAGCUGUUUGACCACUGAUUGAUAAAAUGAUUUCUAAUAAUGAGAAUAGCUGCAUCAUCACUUAUGGAGAGAAAUGCUGUAAUAAAUCUGAGUAUUUCUUCAGACAUCCUGACUCGAUCUUCGCUGAAGCUAUCUCUGCCAUUUUUGAUAAAUGAAAUGCCCAAAUGUCCCAGAAUAAUGAAAAUCAAACCAAGCAAGAUGAAGCUACUGCUAAAGGGAGAAAAUCUGCUAUCAGCUCAUUUAAAAUUGACCUAAACUCUUUCCAGAUUCGUAAUGAUGAAGUGUGUGAAGAGACUGAAUGGAAGGAAUGCAACACCCUUAAGGAGUGUAACAAGUGGAGAAAAGAGAUUUUAGAAGCCAAGUUUAAAAAGGCAUUAGGCCAUCUGAUCACUACCAUAAAGGUCCAAGUGGAUUGAGUUGAUACUGUGAGCACAACUAACCAGAUCACAUUCAUUGAUGUAAUUGGAUUUGACCAAAGUUUCACUGAAAGAAUAAUGGGUGGACAUGUUGACAUCCCACUUGAUAGCACCCAUGACUUCGAUGAUGAAACCCAUUGCCAUUCAGACUUAUUCGCUCUUCGAAAUCUCUUGUUAGCAAUUGAUGAAGCAAGAACAGAAGGAUACGAACUCAAUGAUGUAUCUUUGAUUGAGGAUCGGAACAUCUCCAAAGUGGUAUCCCACAGGCUAAAAGUUGACUCAAAUAUUAACCUAAUAAGUUUUGUGAACCAGAAUAAUGAACACUUUCAGCAGACUUUAAACACCUUAGAGUUUGCACUUAAAUUUAGAGCCUGAUUUUCAAAAGAGAAAGGCAAGAAUCUCAAUAUUCAGCAUUCUUCAGACCAAAGCGAUAGCUCUGUCGGGAUCACUCACGAGCAAGAGGAAUCUGAAGAGGAAGAUGGAAAUACUCGCCUUGAGAAGAUACAAACUAAGCAUAUUGUAUUCUCCUCAUCUGAAAAUUCUGACCUUCACGAAGAGACUAAGAGUCUGGUAAAACUUAAGGGAGCCCCGACAGUUUCUCCCCGACAUAUUACAGUGAUAGAUUCUGAUUCGGCUAACUAUCAGGUUAAGAAUCGUGGUGACUCUCAUUCAAAUGUCUCAAUAAACGAAAAUGACAUUAUCAAUUAUCUGAAAGCACAUUUCAAACAGGCAAAUCAGCCCAAGAACGAAAAGAAGGGGAAGUCUAAAGUAAAGGAAAGUCAAGAUAUAUCAAGUCUCCCAAUGAGCGAGAGCGGGUCGAACAGUGCAACAAUCCUUAAUUUUGAAAAAUAUGAAAGAGAUAAAAUGCCGAAUGCUCUUUCCUCCAUUAACGAUAGUUCCUUUGAUGAUUCUAAUAGUCAAUAUGACAGCAAUGUCGUAAAGACACCUCAAAAUGUCAGAAGAGCUAUUAAAGAGAACAAGAAUGAACACCAAAAACUUCAGAUAAUCACUAAAGAGAUCUAUAAGGUUGCCAAAGAGAUGGCUUCUCAAUCUGACCAUAUUAACAAGAACCAGGCAGACUAUAUUUCCAAAUGUGCUGUGAAAAUAAUGGAUAUUGUUAACCAGGAAAAAGGCAACAAGUCUCUUGACACUCUUCUCCUUGAGUUAGAGGAGAAAGAGAUCCAGAAUAGAUACCAGAAUUCAGAAGAUACCAUCCUUACAGAAUCUGAUAUAUUUGAUAGCAAAAAGCAAAGUAUACAAAAGCCUAAUGGCGAGUUCGAUACCGUUGUAGUCAGAAAUAAUGUUAAGGAUAAAAUAAACCUGAAGAACUUGAAAUAACCAGUUUUCCAAAAAUAGUGGAGUCUGUACCCAAAGGACCAAAGUUCCAGACAUAAAUGAUGUCAAAACGAUCGAAGUGAAAACAACUGCUGCUACAUCUCAAAGGAAGAAUAAUCUUGAGAUAAAGACUGAAUCAGAGAUCAACCAGUUUGUCCCGAAUAAGCUCCCAUUUGAUUACAUGGCUAUCUCCAAAGAGAAAGCACCGAAGUUUAUUGCAAGGAAGGAAUAUGAGUUUGAGGACUCAACCACUAAGAAUCAGAACCAGAAUAACCAGCAUACCACUCCUGAGGAAGAUAAAGAUGAGAGGUUUUCCCAAAGUAACAGCUCAGAAAGUAUCUCAGAGGAUGCUAGAAUGAAGCAGAUAGGUACUGAAGUCAUACUUGACUCUUACAAUAUCCUCGCUGAUGCUUUCGCUUCUCUUACUGACACCUUCCUAUUCGAAGCUAAUCAGAAUAAAUCCUCGUUUGGUAGCUGCUUCGGGUGUGGGAAGAAGCAGAAAACCAAUAAGAUGAUCACACCUCGGAGUCGGAGAAUCAGAGCUUCUUCUCAGUUAAGGAUAAACAAUAAGAAGUUUUUCAUAAUGGGAAGUUCACUAGCAAGAUCUAAAUCUAAAGAUCUCAAGUCAAAUGAUAAUUAUCAAAAAUUUAAAGAGAAUUCUAAAUCAAGUGAGCAAUCUUUGAAUAAGCCAAAAGUUGCAGGAAAGCCACCUUUUUACAAAGACUCUGUCCUAGAAGAGGAGCUUAAGAGGCCUCAAAGGAGCAAUGAUAUUGUGACUGCAAAUUCUUCAAAACCUCAAUCUAAUCUUCAGAGUGAGAAGAGAGAUAAAAUAAAUGACUUUCCCAAGAACUAUCAGCCUCCUUAUAAAGUAAUAACAGCCAACAUGAAUGAUUUAAAAUCUGUGAAGGAGGAAUUAGAAACAAAUUUAAAUAAAAAUGAGCCUCCAAACGACGAAAUUCUUGAAAUUAAAGAGCUUGAGCUAGGAAGUCCUUCUAACGAUCCUAAUAAUCUCAUUUCAAAUAGCGAAGUUAUGAAGAACAACUACUUAAUGAACACUAAGCCAGCAGGUACUAUUAAAACACUCGAAAUAAAGCAAAUCCAUACACAAAAACCAGAUUUCUUCAGGACUGACCCAUCUAUGAGCAUGGCUAUGAAGAACGAGGAAAGUAAGGACCAAAAUUCCAAAGGAUUCAGAUCUUCUGCAGACCAGGUGCGUGCCUCCUCCAAGGAAAAUAAGUACUUUAAAUCUUCUACUAAGAAGUUCUCGAAUAAUCCUCAGCUUAAUGAAAACUUUGAAGUUACUUCAGAGGGAAUGAUGAGGAUCAAGAGUCAGCCUCCCAAAUUUAUGAAAGCCAGAUAUAAAGCCCGGAAAUAUUCCAAUGAUCGAAAAGAUUCCCUCACAAACAGCAACUUAAGAAGUAGCUUGCCUAAGAUAUCCUCUAAGGAGAACUUUCAAGAAGAGGAAAUUAAAGAGAAGCGAUCUCUUGGAAUUAAGAAGCUGUCUUCUAACUUCGGGAUCCAGAAAUCCCCUCAUAUCACAAAUGCUAAGAUGAAGGCUAAGUCAUCUAAGAUUCUCUCUGACUCAAAAAUUGGUGAACCUCUUUCAACUCAAGGCGAUGAUGUUGACUUCAGUAAGAUCAACAGAAAGAUGAAUAGAGACGGGAGGCUUACCAAAAUCAUCAUGAGAGGGCAUAAUAGUAACAACAUUGAUACACAGAAGCAAAUGAUAAGGAAUACUUAUCAAGGGAUCUGCAAUACUAAUAAUGACAAUAUUGUUUACAGUAGAAGUAGGACAAAGCUGAACUACCAUCCUGGAUCGAUAUCUCCUCCAAGACAACAGCUUGGGAGUAGAGGUAACUUCCAUAACGCUACUCAGAAGGAUAUGCUAAUUCAACCUCAAGCUAUUAGGACAAGAACAAGCAAAGGAGAUAGAGAUAUAGUAGAUAAGCUAGCUAGGAGGCUACAGAAAGGCAAAAUAGAAAAACUCUUACUUAAAGAAUCUCCUCAAUCAAAUUUCACAGGCAUUGAAGGAGCCCCAGUAAAGAGCAGGAACUCCGCAAGACCUACUAAUCAAAUCAAAGACUACAUCCACAAGAAAUCAGGGAGUAAAGGAAGCCGAAUCGAAGGUCAAAUCGACGAAAACGAUAUGCUUCCUCUAACCCAAAACCUCGAUGACGAAGAAUUAGUAAAAUAUUCAGGAUUGCGACCAACAAGUUAAUACUCUUACUGCAUAUUUCUCCCAAAA